AAAGUAAAAUAUUAGUUGAUUGACGACACCAGUUGAAGAUGUGUAAUUUAAGGCGUAAAUAAUUCUAUUGAAUAUUUAUACUAAGGUGAUCAAGAUGGCUACGUAUUCCAAGUCAACUGUGGCUAGUGGCUCUGAUUCAUUUAUUGACUUUUGUUGUUUCCCCUGUUUAGAGAACAAAAUUGACCAGUGGGCUGACUUUUACUGCGAAAACUGUCAGAAAUUUUAUUGUGCAAAAUGUAUUAAUCUGCAUAGUCCGUUGUUUGGGACACAUGUGACAUACGGAAGGGGAGACACAAGUAAGUGGCCAGUGUCCAAGGAAGUGGAGGAUUUCCUUCAGAAAUGUGACCGUCAUGACGACAAACAUCUAGAAAUGUUUUGUGAGGACCACAGUCAGCUGUGCUGCACUAAUUGUGCUUUCGUAAAUCACAGACAAUGUGCUAAAGUAACACUGAUAUCCCAAUCAGUAAAAGGAUCUCCACCAAACUUGCAGCAACUAUCAAGAAAAAUCCAAAGCAUUCUUGAAGAAAUCAAGAAACUUCAGAAUUAUUGGGAUACCAACAAGCAGUCUUUGCAGGCUUCAUACGACAAACAAUUAUAUGUAAUACAUGACACGCGCCAAAAAAUAAAUAGUAUUCUAGACAACAUUGAAAAAAACACCAUGAAAGAGCUAGAUGAUAAGUUGGCCAGUUUGAAAGCAUCUGUCAAGACUGAUGCAGACAAUUGCAGCAAACUCAAAAAUGAACUCAAGCAACUCAAUGACGCAAUACAGGACAUUGUUGAUAAGGGCAAAGCAGAACUCACAUUUAUUGCAAGUAAGAAAUGUAUGGAAAAGAUUAAACAGUCUGAAACAUAUCUGAAGCAGAACUCGUUUCAGGUUGAAAGUUCACUGACAAUCCAGGCAGACAGGGAUUUUCAACAGUACUUGUCUAAAUUGUCAGGUCUGGGGAAGAUUGUACUCAGUACCAAGGAAACAUUAGUGUUAGUUGACCAGGCACUCACUGUACAAGGGAAGUCAGAGUAUAAUGUGCGCCUACAGAGUGAUUCAGAUAAGGACUGCUAUAUCGGGGCCAUUUGUGUUCUCUCUGAGGAUCAGAUCCUUGUUGCAGAUUGUAUUAAUAAAAGAGUUAAGCUACUCAAUCAUCAAUACCAGGUGGUGGGUCAUUAUGAUUUAAAUGGUUUUCCAUCGGACAUGUUUAAAAUCACACCAAGUGAAGUAGCUGUUACUGUGAAUGACACUAGGACACAUGAGGUCCAGUUUGUCUCUGUGAAUGGUGGGCAGCUGGUUAAGGGCAGGAUGUUACAGUUUCAACAUGCAUGCAGGGGUAUUGCUCAUAUUAUGCAAGACCUGUAUCUCACUUCUGGCACUGCACUUUACAAGUAUUCAAUGAAAGGAGCCCUUUUGACUAAGUUGUAUGAAGAUACAUCAGACAAGUUAACAGUAUGGAAAUGUGCAGUGAGUCCUUCAGGUGACAAGAUAUUAAUCACCAACCAUUCCCAUAACAAGGUCCUCACUCUGGCCAGAGAUGGCACAGUUCUCCAAACCUUCACAGACCCAGACCUACAACACCCACGUGGUAUCCAUGUUACUGCUCUGGGACAGGUUCUGGUGUGUGGAGAAUCAUCCAGCACUAUCAUUCAGCUGGAUGGGGAAGGCAAGAAGAAGCUGGCAACUCUUGCUACCAGGAAGGAUGGACUUAAUUACCCACACUCAGUCUUCUACAAUAGGAGCACAGCAUCCAUCAUUGUGGGACAAUGGCCUAGCAAUAACAUCCUUGUGUUAAGAGUAAAAUAGGUGUUUUGUCACAAGUUUCAGUACAAACAUUUUGGAACAUGUACUUUACAUGAAUUCUUGGCCACACCAAACUUGUAUUCAGUAUUAUGUUUCAUCACAUAAAUCACAUGAAUGAUUUAAUAUUGUCGUGCCUACUAAUGUCAAAUCAUGAAUAUGUUUGAAAAGGUACAUUUAUAAUUAACUUUGAGAGCAUGGAUCUAUUAUUUAGUGUUUUGUUUCAAUGCAUAAUUCUUGCGAGAUUAUAUAUUGUGUUUCAAUACAAUUUAAUAUGUGCUACCAUCUAUUGCUGAUAAUUAUUUUUCCUUUUCAAUCGCAUAUAAUCAGUGUAUUGUUGUUUUCUUGAUAUAUAUCUUAAAAAUGAAUAACAUGUACAUACAUGAUUCUUGUAUUCAGUAUUACGUUUCAUCACAUAAACCACAUGAAUGAUUUAAUAUUGUCGUGCCUACUAAUGUCAAAUCAUGAAUAUGUUUGAAAAGGUACAUUUAUAAUUAACUUUGAGAGCAUGGAUCUAUUAUUUAGUGUUUUGUUUCAAUGCAUAAUUCUUGCGGGAUUAUAUAUUGUGUUGCAAUACAAUUUAAUAUGUGCUACCAUCUAUUGCUGAUAAUUAUUUUUCCUUUUCAAUCGCAUAUAAUCAGUGUAUUGUUGUUUUCUUGAUAUAUAUCUUAAAAAUGAAUAACAUGUACAUACAUGAUUUUUUUUUGUGGUUAUGUUCUAUAAUAUUUUUGUGUAAUUGUUAUGAACAGUAAAAAGAACGGCAGAGUGCAAUUAAGGAGGGAAGGUUUUACAUUUUCAUUGUAUUAUUGAACAGUCACCAUGUGUUCUGUCCUUAAAAAUAUAAAGUUAUUUAGAUUGACAAUUAUGUAUUGUACAGACUUCUUUAAUUAUUGUUUUUAGAUUUUACUUUUGUUGAUUACAGUUAUAUAUGUAUUUACUAGUGUCAUUCAUGCUAUCUGCCUUUACUGUUCACUACAUGUAUGUUUUGC